CUCAAUUUCGUUUUCUGUAUUGGAGGUCAUCGAGAAGAUUAGAAAAGAAAUAAAAUUAUGAGCAUAGUGCGGUUUAUAAGGUUGUAUCAUUUUAUGUAAUAUUGAUAUAUUUAAUUCAAACUAAGGCGCCAGUGCAAGGUGAUUAUUUGCGCAGUGAAGGAAAGAGGCAAUGAACGCAGCCAGGAAUAUCGCCACCACCAAUUUAGCAACGUUCACGGAGAUCGCCAUUUUCUAAGUGCGUCAAGUUCAUUCUAGUUUCUGUAGUUACGAGCGACAUUUGUGUUUAGUUACGCAGUGAUAUCGGAAACAGGGACGCGAUGAAUCAAUCGCGUAAUUUCACGUCGCUUUUAAAUCCGAGCUAUUUGCAAAAUGCACAAAAUGCUGUUGCCGCUAAUGCAGCGGCGGCUGCAGCUGCCGCCGCUGCUGCGGUAUCCGCAGCUCUUGAAACUCAGCUGACCAAUUCCAAUUCUUCACCUACAACGCCGAGCAGGAAGCGUGAAGCAGAAGGUGAUGCUAAACAGGACAAAGAAACAAAAGAAGAACGUAGGAAAAGGAGGAAGACGAGAUGGGGAGGUAGCGAACAUGACAAAACUUUCAUUCCGGGGAUGCCUACUGUGCUGCCUACCAACCUGACUCCAGAGCAGGAGAGGGCUUAUCUCUUUCAGCUGCAGAUUGAGGAAAUCAGCAGGAAGCUACGCACUGGAGAUCUUGGAAUUCCGCUUAAUCCUGAGGAAAGAUCACCAUCUCCAGAGCCGAUAUACAGUAGCGAUGGUAAACGGUUAAACACCAGAGAAUAUCGUACUAGACGCAAGCUGGAAGAGGAGCGACAUAAUCUCAUUCAGAAGAUACUUAAAAUCAAUCCAGAUUUCAAACCACCACCCGAUUAUAAACCACCGAUUAUACGUGUACAUGACAAAGUGAUGAUACCACAAGAAGAACAUCCUGACAUCAAUUUUGUUGGUUUGCUCAUUGGACCGCGUGGCAACACUUUGAAGUCUAUGGAAAAAGAAACCGGAGCUAAGAUUAUAAUCCGUGGCAAGGGUUCCGUAAAGGAAGGGAAGGUAGGCAGGAAAGAUGGACAACCAUUGCCUGGAGAGGAUGAACCGCUACAUGCGUAUAUUACUGCGAAUAAUUUGGAUGCUGUGAAGAAGGCAGUGGAGAGGAUUCAUGAAAUCAUCAGACAGGGUGUUGAGGUGCCUGAAGGGCAGAAUGACUUGAGACGUAACCAAUUACGCGAAUUAGCGUUGCUCAAUGGUACAUUACGGGAAAACGAUGGACCCCGCUGUACCAACUGCGGUGCAUCUGAUCACAAGUCUUGGCUGUGCCCUGAUAAACCGAAUGUGACGAACAACAUUGUAUGCUCAAGCUGUGGUGGAGCUGGGCAUAUUGCUAGGGACUGUAGGUCCAAGCGACCUGGUCAGGGUGGUCCAGCAGCCGCUGGAAUGGGAGGCAUGGAACCAGGUGGUGACAAAGCAAAGAUUGAUGAAGAAUAUAUGUCUCUAAUGGCUGAAUUAGGUGAAGGACCACCACCUGACAGGAACAAGGGUGGACAGUCGAGACAGCCCAAUCCGAACUACCCAGGGCUCUUUGACAGACAACAAGCACCACGUGCUCUAAUGGCAGCACCAGCUCAUCCUCCGCCACAGAUGAUGCAAGGUGGUCCAAUGAUGCCACCACCAGGAAUGGCUCCACCUCCAUGGAGUCAGGGUGACGUUAACAACAUGAAUGGCAUGAACAUGCAAUGGCAGCCCCCGGUCAGCAUGCCUCCUCCCCCCGGUGUAAUGCAACCCCCUCCACCACCGCCUGGAUCCACGGGUCAACCGAAUAUCCCACCUCUUAUGCCUUGGAUGACCGCGAACAAUCAGCCACCGCCACCAGGUCAAAUGCCACCUACUCAGAUCCCACCACCGGGAAUGGGAAUUCCGCCGUGGCAGCAGGGUCAGCAGGGUCCAAUGCGUCCACCUCCACCUGGUACUGCGCCACCUCCGGGAUUCCCAGGAUGGCAACCUCAACAAAUGGGUGGAUGGCCUCCUGCUGCUCCUGUUCCACCACCUCCACAGCAACAAGCACCUGCCCCACCUGGUAUCGACUUGAAUACUUUGCCCACGCUCUUAGCGCAGCCUCCUCCGCCGCCACCGCCGACUAGUUAGUGUGUAUCAUCCAUUCACAUGAUUUCACAUUAUUGAAAUCCAUUAUACGCCAAUAUAUUGAUCUAUUAAUUGAUACACGAUAAAGUAAUACGAAGGAUGUUUAUGAUAUCGUUGAUUGCAAGUGGGUAUGAUUCUUCUUGUUAUACAUAAAAGUCUUGUACUUUAUUUUAAGGAUACGCGAAAUUGAAUUGGUAGCGAUAGUAAUUUUGAAAAAAAUUCCACAACGAAAGUUAGAGAGUAUAAUUUUUCAUUCACAAAAUUCGUCUGAGACCGUCAAUACUAUUAAUCAUUUUAAGCCACUUGUGUACUUUCGUGUUUUGCAUAUUCAAGCGCAAUAUGGUUUUCGUGUAUUGCAGCAGCAAGUGACUCGCAACUAUAUGUAACCGUGACAUGAUGAAUUGGAUAAAACAAAACUUUCUGCAAACCAUUGAAUGACCUUACUCUUGAUUAUAUUUUUUCUUUUAAAUUUCUACGAAUUUAUUUAUAAAUCCGUAACGUCACUUCCGACUCUGUUUUUUAUUGGCAUCGGAAAUUUUCUGUAUACCCAUGCGAAUACCAAAACAUGGCAAAUACCGAUCAUGGACAAUUGGAAAUCAAGAUUUCAAAACUCACUUUUGUCUCGGGUAACAAUUUAUCAUGACUGCAGUGGAAUUUGUUUCACUCAUAUACCACUGGGUCACGCUAUAUUCAUGAGCUGCAAGGACUACCAGUAUCAUUAAAAGUAAAUCACGAUCACGGUUUAUAAGUCAAUUUUAAAGAUUACAUUCUUUCGUUGUAACGUUAGCGAUAAGUGACAUGAAGUUAAAAUAAAGGUGUCGCUCACCUUAUGUAAUGUGUACGUGGUUACACAAUAAAAAAGAAACACUUGAAAACUAUACAACUAUUUUAUUCGAAAGCGUAUAUGAAACGCAUAUAUAUAUAUAUAUAAUUGUGACUAUUUGUAAUGUAACAAAUACUUUUUUCUUGUGCGUUUAUCAAAACAGCAUAGGACAAUGCUGCUGGUUAUUUGGCAGUAUACAAAAUUAAGCGAAAAAAUUUUUGUUACACAGUGCUUACGAAGUAGUCUCUUCAUUUACCAACAAUUUCUUCUGAUCUGUUUACUGCAGCCUCUACGGCUUCAAUAAGGGUUGCUCUGAAAAAAAGAAGACAAGUAAGGCAGUGCAACAAGUAAUUGUAUUUACACUGUCACAAUGCACUAGACGUUACCGUAUUUUACCACGCUCCAUGGCAUGUAAUCCAGCUAUCGUUGUACCUCCUGGUGAGCACACUUGAUCCUUGAGCUCUCCAGGAUGUUUGCCAGUCUCUAAUAUCAUCUUUGCUGAGCCAUACAUCACUUGCGCUGCGAACGUCACUGCCAAAUGUCUUGGAAUACCCAUUUUCACUGCUCCAUCCGACAGUGCAUCCAACAUCGUGUACAUCUAAAUAAUAAAAUAUUUAUGUAAAUUUUAAUAAAAUCAGCGUUCAAUGCGUUCUUUAUAAGAUUGAAGAGUACUAACGUAGGCUGGACCACAACCGACUAUUCCUCCAGCAGCAUUCAUUUGACUCUCAGGCACCACGUGGCACGUUCCGAUCGCAGACAUUAUAGUUUUUAAUUUAUUUAUAUCGUCAUCCGUCGUACGACUGUCACCACUGAGUACUAUGAAAAAUUGUAAUGUUGAAAAUGUUCACAUUUGCACAAAUACAUCAAGAUUCUUAUAUACUUUUACCAAUUACGGUUAUUGGAUGUAAUAAGAUAAUUGUACCUGUGCAACCUGCUCCUACGAGCAACGGUGUAUUCAAAGUGGAUCUUACGAUUCUUGCGUCAGGUAUCACAGGCAAGAGAACCUGUAAGAUGUUAAUUUGAUAGAAUUGAAUAAUUAUUGUAUAUGGAAAUUAUAAUAAUACUGUAAUACGUUUAA